CGCCUGCUUCCUUCAGUAUGUGGGAGCUGCGACCCCUCCUGCUGCUGCUCUCGGGGGCCCUGGCCCUGACCCAGACCCGGGCGGGCCCCCACUCCCUGCGGUAUUUCCACACCGCCGUGUCCCGGCCCGGCGAGGAGCCCCGCUUCAUCGUCGUCGGCUACGUGGACGACACGCAGUUCGUGCGCUUCGACAGCGACUCGGCGAGUCCGAGGAUGGAGCCGCGGGCGCCGUGGGUGGAGCAGGAGGGACCCGAGUACUGGGAGCGGGAGACGCGGAACGCCAAGGGCAACGCACAGUAUUACCGAGUGGGCCUGAACACCCUGCGCAGCUACUACAACCAGAGCGAGGCGGACUCUCACACCUUCCAGGAGAUGUCCAGCUGCGAAGUGGGGCCCGACGGGCGCCUCCUGCGCGGGUACAGUCAAUCCGCCUAUGAUGGCGCCGACUACCUCGCCCUGAAUGAAGACCUGCGCUCCUGGACGGCGGCGGCGGGCACGCAGGCUUGGAGAACCCAGCGCAAGUGGGAGCAGGCGCGUGUGGCUGAGUACACAAGGAACUACCUGGAGAACAUCUGCGUGCCUUGGCUCCUCAGACACCUGGAGAACGGGAAGGACACGCUGCUGCGCUCAGAAGCCCCCAGAAGACACAUCACCCACCACACCUUCUCUGGCCAGGAGGUCACCCUGAGGUGCUGGGCCCUGGGCUUCUACCCUGCCGACAUCACCCUGACCUGGCAGCGUGAUGGGGAGGACCUGACCCAGGACACAGAGCUGGUGGAAACCAGGCCUUCAGGGGAUGGAACCUUCCAGAAGUGGGCAGCUGUGGUGGUGCCUUCUGGAGAGGAGCAGAGAUACACGUGCCGUGUGCAGCACCAGGGGCUGCCGGAGCCUGUCACCCUGAGAUGGGAGCCCCCUUCUCAGCCCACCAUCCUCACUGUGGGCAUCAUUGUCGGCCUGGCUCUCCUCGGGGCUGUGGUCACUGGAGCUGUGGUGGCAGCUGUGAUCAGCAGGAGGAAGCGCUCAGGUGAGAAAGGAGGACAGUACACUCAGGCUGCAAACAGCGACAGUUCCCAGGGCUCUGAUCAGUCUCUCUCAAACCCUAGAGUGUGAGACAGCUGCCCCGCUGGGUUCCUCACAUCCCAGUGUUGUGAGUCAAGAACUCCUGAUUCUCUUUCUUCCCUGGGACCUGAGUGUGUCUGUGUCCUGUCACAUACUGUGAUGGGGGAGACUGACCCACCCCUGCACAACGGGCCCUCCACACUCUGACCUGCUUCUCUUCCCUGAUGCUCUGGGCUGUGCCAGCAGAGACAGGACUCAGCCGUCUCCAUCUGUGUUAGCUUCUUAUUUUCAAGAAUGUUUCUCCCUUACUAAUAUCAGCAUCUGAUUUGCAUUUUUCUAAUUCCUGUUUUGUGGGGUUGAGGAUUAAUAAAGGAAAUCCCUGAAAUUUGAGAAGAAAAAAAUUAAAAUCUUGAGACUGUCCAUGUUUUUUCUGUUUUGAUUUGAGUCUGUCCCACUCUCCACUCCAAUGUGAGUGGAGAGACUUUGAGGGAAAGGGAGGGGACAGACCAGUGCCCAAUGUGUCUCUGUCUCAGUCAUUAUGGGCUUUGAUGUGGUCACUCUUCUGUCUGGGUCAUUAUCCUGCUCCUUUUCCUGGUCCCUCAAGUAUCACCUUGUCCCACAGGCCCUUGCUCACAGGGACUCAGGUCACACCCGGCCUCAUCCUGUCCCAGCACCCUGAGCAGAGAGGGUUUCUAUGCUGGUCACUAUAGGCUCAGGUCUGGGUCUGCUCUUCAGCCCCAUCUGGGUGUUUAUUUGUUGUUUCUGUGCAGGAGGCUGCCUGCUCUCUUGUACACACAUUCACAGCUCAUUCUCUCAGUGUGUGUCCCCAUCUCUGAGCCUCAGGAAGUAUUUGUCUCUCACUGACCCCUCAAGGCCCAGCAUGGCUCCUGCACACAGGAGUCUCUGUGGUAUCAAGAGAUGAGUGUUCAGACUUGCCAUGUUGGAAUUCAGCCCUCCCACCCACCA